AUGGCGUGCGCAAAACAGAUGUCUAAGUCAACAGGUGCAAACUAUAUGUUUGUAGACAAUAUGGCCGAUGUAACCGUCGCCCUCACAGAAAUAAGACGCCAUGAUCUACUGGCAGUAGAUUGUAAGGGACAUAAGUUAGGAGGAGGAAGGUCGGGGGAUUUGACCAUUAUCGUCGUAGCAACACCAAUUCAAGUCUUCAUCUUUGACGUUCAAAAAUUGCAAGAGAAUGUUUUCGACAAUGGUCUUCGUGCUAUUCUCGAGGACGAAACGAAAGAGAAACUCAUGUUCGAUUGCCGUCGUGAUGCGGAUAAUCUUUGGCAUCAGCAGAAAGUGCAGUUAUCGGGCGUUCUGGAUGUCCAACUCCUGGAAGUCAUGUACAGGAGAAGAAAAGUGUUCGAAAUUGAGGAAGGAUCCAGGCGAUGUUCAAGGACUGGGGAGGUGCAACUAUUGAAUGGAAUUAGGAAGUGUAUUGAAGUAUAUGUUAAAGAUCAGACAAUGGUUGAAUCAAAAUUAAGAUGUCAGAGACAGGUGAUUGGUGAUAGCCAUGUAUGGAAGACAAGACCACUAUCAGAAAAUCUGAAGAAGUACUGUUGUGUGGACACUUCUGCCUUAUUUAUUUUGUACGAGAAGCUGAAAGGUAAGGGAAAAAAUAAGUGUCGUCUGCGCAUCGCCUCAGAUCGCUACGCCGACACCUUCCGUUGCUUGACAAAGAGAGUGUAUGGGAUAUAUGAAACUCAUGCUUUCCUGCCACUUGACAUAAUACCAGAACCUGGAGAUGCAUUCGAGUUUCCGGAAGCGACAACUAAGUGUAUCGGCUGCCUCCGUUUGUUUCCGGUCGAUGAAUUUUCUAAAAAUCAGCUUCGCAAUAAACAUCGAUACUGUAGAGUGUGUAAGAAAGCGGAGACCUACGCUUCAACAAAACCAAUAUCCAUGUCAGGAUUUGACAAGAAACUUCGUAACAAAUAG